GGCUUGGUUCGUUCCCGCCAGCCUGCGCGCCACUCCCCUAGAGGUAACUGUUGUGAAGGGGGAAGGGGCGUGGAAGUCCCCAGCAACUGGCCCAAGCCGCCUGGCGUCCCUGCGGUGCGACUGCGACCCCCGGACCGCGCUGCCAGCGCAGCGAGGGGGACAUGCAGCUGGGCGCCCUGCCCGCUCGACCCUCCCCCGACUCUUCCCCAGCCCCGCUGUCGGGCUGCCCCUUGAGGCCGGAUGCGGCCCAGCCUGGUUCGGGGAGGAGCAAGGAGAGCCUCGGUGUCAGAAAUCAGUCAAUUACAGAUUUCUUCAAACCAGUCCCAAAGCAAGAUAGACUUGUGUUGAACUCGCCACAAAGGACAAAUCAUAAACAUGAAAGAGGUAGGUUACUGGACACUGGUAUAGGACAAUUUGAAAGAAAAAUAUCCACAACAAGAUAUAUGUGUAAAAAGCUGUCAGUUACAUCACCAAACAAGAGUCCUAUUAUAGAGACUUUGAUGAGAAGAUUUAAAGAGAAAAAAGGUGAAAGAGGUGCACUUGAGAGAAACCAGCCUCCUAUGGUGCAGAACACCCAGUCUUUGGUGGUUGAAAAACCUCUUAUUUCUGCUUCACAUCAUUGCAUGUCAAGGAAUGAAAUGAAAGACCCAAGGAAGCAAGAAAGAUCUCCAAUCAAAAUGUCAUCACAUAAUCAUGGAAAUAUGAGGGAAAAGGCUGAGUGCGUAGAUCAAAACAAGACAAUUACAGAUGCCAAAAACUUGGUUUCAUCACCAGAGCCUGAGAUUUUGGAAAACAAUUCCAGCAAAAUUGGUGGUAGAAAUGACAUAUCCAGGUGCCAACAGUUAAAAUGUUCUGUGAAAAUGCAACAGGAAGCAGUUGAGUCAAAGCUUCAAUUGUCGUUAAAAUCCAGUUGCAGAGAGGAAGAGCUAAAGGAACAGAGACAGAAACUAGCGAAGCACAGAGUCAUUUCUCCAGAAAAGGCAUUUUCAGGAGAAAGCAGCCUUUCCUCAGAACCUUAUAAUAUUACAAAAUUCACAUCAAGACAGAAACAGACCAUGCAGAAUAUCAUCCCAGAAAAAAGCAGACUUUCAAACCAGGAAAAUGGAUGCCACUCAAGAAAAAGAUUACGUUCUGAUUCACUGGAGGCUGCUUCAGGUACUGAAUCCUCUGGGAUAUCAGAUACUAAAACAUGCAUUGUUUCAUCUUCUAAAAAAGAGAGAGAGGUCACCUUACCUGAAGCACCUAUUACAUAUCCUUCUGUGUCACCCAGGAUCACAAAACAAACAGAGAGGAACUUCAGAGAUGUUGCAAAUACAUCUUCAGUGAAAUCAUCUAGUAAAUCUUUGCCUUGCAGUAUUACUAACAGUCCUCCAGCUGUACUUGGAGAUGUUGUACUGUGCAGCACAAGCAUUUCAACGCCUUCAUGUAAAAACUUAGAAAAUUCCGGUUCCACUAGUGGUAUACCAAGAAAAAAACUAAAGGUUUAUUUUGAUAGUGAUGAGGAAAAUUUAGAUUGCAACCUGGAAAGUGAUGAAGAAGAUGUUGCAUUAAAACCACUGCAAGAAAUCAUGUCUUUGAAUUCCAGUCAGCCUACAACUCCAGAAAAACCUUUUGUUCUUUUAGAAAAGCCUAGAGCAUUAUCAUCAAAUGUUUCAGUGAGUGUUCGUUACCAGUGUUUUGAGAACAGUUUAGAGCGCCUAGCAAAGGAGAGUGAAAAUCUUACAAGGUCAGAUGAAUGGGAAAAAGAGCUAAAGGAAGAUUUAGUAAAAGGUCAGGGAAUAAAAUCCCUAAUUGAGACAGAAGAAUCAGAAAACACAGAUGACAGUGGAGAACUCCAAGAAGAGCAUAGGGAGUUUAUAAGGAAAUUCUUCAUUGCUUUUGAUACCAUUCCUGAUUGCCAUCCUGGCGAAGAAAUAUUUCACUGUUUCGAUUAUGGAAAAAUUUUCAGUCAACAUACAUUGGACUUAAGGGAUUGUAAUUUUGUUCCAAAGAAUGCUAUCGAAGAUCUUAUCCUUAAAUCAGGAAGAACACAGCAAAUUUUUUUAACAACACAAGGAUAUCUCAGCACCGCCUAUUACUAUAUCCAGUGUCCUAUACCUGUGUUAAAGUGGCUGUUUCAGAUGAUGUCUGUUCACACAGACUAUAUUGUUUCUAUACAGCUUUUGAAUACAUUGAUAGACUUAACAAUUAGAAAUGAUGCCACUAGUGGAUCAUCAGUUUGGCCUUGGAUCCCAUCACUGUCCGAUAUUGCAACUGUGUUUGUCAACAUGGGAGUUAGUUUUAAGUGUUUGUUUCCUGUACAGAAUCUUCAGCCUGCCUUCAAUGAAGAUAUUUUUAAUUUUGAGGUACAAAACAUAUCUGAAGAAAGAAAAGGUGAAGAUUCUAUAGCAGAAACUGUUGUUUCAUGUCUUCCAGAAACCAACAUUUUAAAUGUAGUUAAGUUUAUAGGCUUGUGUACAGCUGUAUACCCAGAAGGUUACACAGAUCAAGAAAUAAUCUUGCUGCUUUUAAUGUUCUUGAAAAUGAGUUUGGAAAAGCACCUGAAACAGAUUGCACUAGUGGACUUUCAGAGUCUCCUGAUAAACCUGUUGAAAAACAUUAGAGAUUGGGACACAAAGAUGCCUGAACUUUGUAUGGCUAUAAGUGAGCUGUCCAGUCAUCAUCACAACCUUCUAUGGUUGGUGCAGUUUAUCCCUAACUGGACAGUACGUGGAAGGCAAGUGAGACAGCAUCUCAGCCUAGUGAUUAUUGCUAAAUAUCUGGACAAGAAACCUGAAGAUAUUCCAAGUGCCAGUGAUCUGCAGAUGUCUCUUCUUUGUCAGUACCUUACACAAAUGAAGCCUGAUUUGUUAAGGAAAAUGAUAGCAAAGAAAACAGGUGAACAACAGGAUAACCUUACCAAAGACUGUUUAGGUCUAGACCUUGAGCAACAGGUGUAUUACCUGACCUAUGUGCUUCUUCAUUUAGUCAGUGAAGUUAGUUCCUGUUCUUUCUCUUUCCAACAAAGGAAAGAUUUGCUGCAGCUAUGUGGUUCUUUGGAGAAGCACAUAAAAUGUUCUAUCAGAGAAGACGCAAGAUUUUUUCAUAGGACAAAGGUAAUAGAUUUAGUUGCCAUAAUACAUGGAAAAUGGCAAGAAAUGAUCCAAAAUUCUCGGCCUAUUCAGGGAAAGCUGCAUGACUUCUGGGUACCAGAUUCUUAAUUGGAGUGGCUAAAAUGUUGACUCAAGAGAAAUUGAACAGGACAAGAACCUUUCCUGAAAAUGUGGAAAAUGUAGAUGCACUUACAUAGAAACAUUUGCAUGGGGAGACAGACAAGUAAUGUGCCAUUUGAAUCCAGACUCUGCAAGAGAAUAUGAAGUGUGAACCUUGGAUGGGAUUGUCUGGUUUCUUUACAGGAGAUGCUAAAGCUAGAACUUGAUUCCUGUUUUAGGAACAGAACAUACAUCUGAUAAUAGUGUGUUCUAUAUGAAUGUACUUUUUUAAAAAUUCCCAUCAAAUCACUGAUUUAUUUUGUCCUGACAAGUUACCCAAAGCCCUGAAUUGAAGUGCUAAGAAAUUUGGGUAGAUUUGCCAAGAUAAUGCAUGUUGCUGUCCCUUUGUAAAAUCCUGGAUUGUAAUUAUUUAUAAGGUGUGUGGGCUUGAAAACAAUUGAAAAUCACAGGCUGCUCUUAAUGUUUAAAACACUUUGAUGCUAGCCUUUGGUUAAAUGAUAUGUUUCAAUUAAUGUCCUGGUGAGCCAAAGAGCCUUUGAUAGUAACAAACUAUUGACACUCUUAGUUUAAUUAAAAGGGUUUUUUCUGAUGCCUCAAUGUCUGUAUUUCCUAAAACUGGAAUGCCAACUAGAUGUUUUUUAAUUAUUAACUUGGGUGAUGCAACUCUAUCCUGAGUGACUCUAAUGAAACAAUAAUCCAAACAAAAAAUCUAAGAGACUAGAUCUCUUCUUUACAAAGAUUUUUUGGAAAAAUACUUGGUCCCCACAAUGAAGGUAUAGGAGAAGAAAAUAUUUUUUGUUAGAAUUACCAUUGUAAAAUUAGGUGGUUUAAGUGACUUGAGCCUAUUUUAAGCACUGGGGCAGUUAACGUUUCUGUGCCACAGAGUUCAGCCUUCUUUGUAAAAUGGGUACUGCAUAUUCACCCAAUUAUCAAACCAGUAUGUUUCUUCAGUCUCCCUCAUUUUGCAAUAUUACUACCUCUUCAAGGUUUUGUUAUAAAAUAUCUGUCUUUAGUGGAAGAAACAAAAGAGUUUAUUUAGAUUUGGGCAAAGAGCAAAGGCUCACUGAUGCUGGAUAUAUAUGUCUAUCUAUCUAAAUGUAGGUAUAAUUGUCUUUUGAUAUGUCGUGUAAUUUUAUAAGGGUUGAUAUAUUUUUCUCACUGACCAUUGUGUAAAGUGUACAGAUUCCUGAGUAUAAAACAGAUGCUUUGAUUUUUGUAUAAUUAGAGCAUGUAAAUAUUUUCUUACCAUAUUCAUUAAUGGGAUUGGACUAGAUGGUUUAGGGGGGAAGGCUGGAUUGUUUAGGAGUGGUUUGGUUUUUUGUUUGUUUUUUGUUUUUGUUUUUUUACUGCAGUUAAGGCAUAUAAACUUGCCAGACCUAUGGUUUUUUAACCACUUGGGUAAACUUUUAUUUAGUAAUUGUCACAAAAAUAAGUAUUUUUAAACUUCAACAUCUGUAGUAGGAAAGAUUAUUGCACAUAUUUUCUUAAAAGGAAGAAGGGAAAAUGAUGGUCAUAAUUCUAAAAUAGGCAGCUUAAGUUUACUCUCCAGGUCAUAAUAUGUUGUAUUAGUGUGCAGUUAGGAUGCUACUACUGAAAGUUUUGGGUCCAGUUUUUAUACAAGUAGUCCUUCAGUUUACUUGCCAAAUCAGUCAACAAGCAUUUAUUAAGCACGUACUAUAUUUCAGGCACUGUGCUAAGUGCCAAGGACUCAAAACAAAGGAACAAAGUUAACAUCUGACCUUAAGCAGCAUGCCUUCUUUCUUAUGGGGGAGUCAACAUGUAAAUAUCUUGAGAUCAUGAAUCUAAUAAAAUGUAAAGGACCUCAGAGGCCAACUGGACCAUCCGCCUCAUUUGUUGGAAGAGGGAACCUGAUCCCAGGGAGGUUUGGGGCAUUGCCCUAGGUCACACAGGUAGUAAGCAUCAGGGGCUGGAGCUGAUAGACUUCUGAGUCAGUGCUCUUUUUACUGCCCUGCUUCCUGCCUUCUUGAGACCACAGUUUUGACCUGAGUGUGCUCCUGAGAUGGAUUUUGCAAAGAAUCAGAAUUUGCUGAAAGUGCAGAGUCAAUAUAACAGUGAUACUGGAAAGAUUGUUUCUAAAGCAAACCCCCCCCCCAAGAGGUAUUGGAAAACCAGUCUGUAAACAAAGUUUGCCUCAGUGUUGUUUGGUAAUAUUAACCAUGCCAGGACUACACUGUCUAAUUUUCUAAGUAGGAUGAACUUACUGUCCAUAUUGCAAGCAGAAAAUAAAGGUGUUUUUAAAAAUGUUUUUGCUUUUAUGUAACUGACUUUUCUAACUUCUUGUUGUAUUGUUGUGGUUAAUAGAAAAUAUAACUUUCUCUUACUGAGGUCAUAUUAAAAAAUCCAUUUAGCAGUAUUGGCAUUUGUACAUUGUCUCCUGCUGGCUUAGGUGGAGCUGUCAGAAAAUGCUAGGCGAGAGGUUAGGAUGUGUUGGAAAGAUUUUAUGUAUUUGAUGUUACUAUUUCAAUCACAAGAAAGAUGUUUAAAUUUGAUUUGCAGAAGUCACCUCAGAUGUGUCAGGUAGAAAAUGGUAACUGAAUCAGUAUUAGCUAUUGAAGAGAGCCCUGAGGUCAAUGGCUAGCACAGUGCUUGCACACCUUGAGUGCUUUUGAUGGAUGUUCAAAUUGAAUUGAAGCCUAUGGCAAUAUAAAUAAUAUAAAUACAGUUGAUGGAAAGAGCAGUUAAUGAAAGUUACACAGAGAGAAAAUAGACAAUCCUGACCUUACAAUCUAAUGAGGGAAACGGCAAGCAAACAGUUCUGGACAAACUAGAAACAGGAUUAAUAGGACAUAAUUAAGAGGUACUGAGAAAGGUUUCCUUUAGAAGGCAGGAUUUUAGUUGGGACUUAAAUUAAUUCAUGAAAGCUGGAGGAAGGAGCUGAUUUUGUUUUUUAAUGUACAGGAAGGUCUAAUGACAAGGAAAUAACUAUUUACAUGUGACUAUGCUAACAUAUCAGGAAUGUUUGGGAAGUCCUCUUGGGCUCCUAGUUUUAUGUCUCUGGAUCUGGGGAGAGGGUUCAGGUGGCAGGUCAAAUGGAGCUGCUAACAUGGGUUAGGUUUUUGUUAGGCAUCAGUUUUCUUUUUCAUCGUGUUCUGCCUCUGUAGCCCUGAUUGCUCACUAAUUCAUCUCUCCAGAAGGGUAUCCAGAAAGGGGGAAAAAAGGCUUUUUUUAAAAAAAAUCUUAUGAAGGUUUUGUAUUACAUAGUGUUUAAAAUCCAUUGAGUAUGUUACUUGAUAUUAAAGCUUCAUUUUUUUCCAGCUUGA